CUUUAGGGGCGUCAAAUAUAUCAACAGUAUAGAAUUUCAUGACGCGUCCAAUAAAAUUGUUCUGUUAUUAUAAUGAAGAUAAUUAGUCGAAUAAGAGCCGUUGACUUAUACCGAUCAAGAUGAGAAUACUACAGAUAUUCGGAUUUUUCAUUAUUCUAUGGCAGUAUCGGGCCGAUUGCCUCUAUAUGGAUACUUUUAUAGCCACGAAAUUGGAAGAGGAUGUUAUGACACGGGGAUGUAAAAAUCUGGAAGAUACAACUCCAUUACUGCGUCUAAAAAAAUAUCUUUUCUGUACGUAUGAUAAUACCGUUCGUCCAAAUCAUCAGAAAGCUAGUAUUAACGUCACUCUUAAGCUGAUGCCGAAGAUGAUGGAAUACAUCGGGCACAAGGAAAUACUAACACUCCACAGUUGGAUGUCAUUUUCCUGGACAGACACGCAUCUCACUUGGACACCAAAUAAUUUUGACGGUGUCACUUAUAUUCACGUGAAGUCUGAUGAACUCUGGGUGCCUGAUCUAUGUGUUCACAACUCUGAUAUGUCGAAUGAUGUACUUAAGAUGCCUACAACAGAUUGUCUGGUAUUUAAUACGGGCUCCGUAAUUUGCGUGCCGGCUGUGAAAUACAUGUCCAAAUGUGACAGCGAUUACACUUAUUGGCCUUACGAUCAACAAACGUGUCAUGUUGUACUUGGCUCAUGGUCAUAUUGGAAAGAAGAAGUCGAUUUCCAUUUUGACGGAAACGGAAUUAACAUGGACAGCUAUAAAAAUAAUACAUUGUACGAUUUGAAGUUUGUGGAUGCAGUGAAACACAUUAAAAAGUACGAAUGUUGUCCAAACAACACUUUUCCAAAGAUGGAUUAUUCAUUUAUGUUAAUUCGACAUUACGGUAUAAAGCACAAAACUAUCAUCACACCGGCAAUCGCUUUGAUAUUACUCACUUUGACUGUGCUUUGGUUGGAUUCGAGAUCAGUCGAACGGACCGCGGUUGCAAGCGUAAAUUUGAUUUGCCAUCUAUUCUGCCUGUACGAUUUGCAUUGGCAAAUGCCAUAUAAUGGUAUUAAUCCUCCUAAUAUAAUGCUGUUUUAUCGCGAUUCCUUGGCAUUGGCUACCUUUGCAUUAAUCUUAACGACUUUGUUGCGCAAACUGCAAAAUAUGAGUACAGAUAUGCCAAAUUGGAUUUCAUCCUCGACAAUGUUUGUCAUAAACAAUAGGGCUGGUCGUUUUCUAAUACUAAAGGACGAGAAGUCCAAGAUAACAGGCGAUAGCAUAGUAAUUGAAGACAGCUCGGAUUUAUCAAAAUCUGGAAGAAAGGAAUCUUGGAGAUAUUUUGCCGCUAUUGUCGAAUGGUUGUCGUUCUUCUGCGUUUUUCUCAUUUAUGUCAUUAUCUUAAUUACUCUUUUACCUACAGGUUAACGAAUAAUAACAUCUCUUUAUAAAAGUUUUUAAAAUAAUCUUUCGCAUGUUGUUGUGAUUGAUUCAAAUAAAUCAUGUAUUAUUUUUGAUUGAAGUAUUCGACAUUUAUCACACACAUUUCUUUUAUAUAAAAUUAUUAAUAACACAAUUUUAUAUGUGAACAACUUCUGUAACUUAAAAAAAUGCAACAUUUAACAUUUUGCACCUGUAAUAAAGAAAGCGUAUCUGUGGAAAGAUUUGCUAAAUGUGUAUAGUGAAUAAUAUACAUAUAUGUAUAUAAAUAUACAUAAAUGCUACAUAAU